AUGUUAAGGACGGUCGCUUUCAUUGCUCUAGCGGCGUCUUGCCUCGCUCUUCCGGCCCAAGACACGAGUCACUCAGACAACGAUCUCGAGGGGCUCACCGACUGUCUCAAGAAAGACUCGAUAUCAUGCCUCAAAUACAAGUUUUUUUCAUACGUGGACAAGAUGAUCGGACAAAAGGAAUCGUUUUCUCUAACCGACGGUGUAACAGUUGUUCGUGCGAGCGACGUACCGCCCGAGACUGGGGCGCCGCGAGCUUUAGAUCCUGUUAGCAAGAUGAAGAACUACUUAGAAACACAUUCGUUGCGAGUCGAAGUUAAAGGUUCUGAUGUUAUUGAUACAGUGUCUAGUGUCGGCCGUGCGUUAGAGGAUACGGUAUCAUCGUUCACAGAAGACAAUGACCUGGAAGAAGGUAGAGGGAAGAAGAAGAAGGCAGCAAAAAUUAUGGGACCUCUCAUAGCAGCUGUUAUGUUAAAAAUGAUGGCUCUGAUGCCGCUGGCAAUCGGUGCUAUCGCUUUGAUAGCCGGUAAAGCGUUGCUAAUCGGUAAACUCGCGUUGGUGCUGUCAGCUAUAAUUGGUUUGAAGAAGCUCCUGUCGCAACAGAAGCACGUGACAUACGAGGUGGUAGCGCACCCCCAUCACACAUCGAGUCACACGUCUAGUCACGACUACGGUGGUUCCAGCGGUUACGGUGGUGAUACAGGGGGUUACAGCAGCGGAGGCGGCGGCGGCGGACACAGCGGGGGGUGGGGUCGGUCCCUAGACGCGCAGAGCUUAGCUUACUCCGCGCAAAAACCAUAGCUUUCGGUGACCUAGUAUAGCGACCUCUUUACAAGACGAUUUCUCUGCAUUACUUAUUUUACCUGUGUAUGUGAUGUGCGUCCGUAUUUAUGACUGAUUGUUUUCAUAAUAUCUAAGUAAACCUUGUAGGUGAUUUUUGUAACUAUUUUUAUAGUGUAUUUAUAUGUAUGUUAUGUUUUGCUCAUUGUUAA